AUGUACGCAUGUGUCUGUAAUAACUUUAAGACUUGAGAGAUGCAUGCACAUUCCUGAUCUUGUUCUUCUGGUUCUCUGCUUGGACUGUUUUGUCAGCCGCAGACGUAUUAAGAUCUGAAAUAAACAAGAUUCAUGGAAGGUGGUGAGAAGGAGAUCAAAAACUUUGUCAAGGUAUGGCUUUCUGUCGCCUUAUGUUUAUGCUACUGUUAUGGCAUUGGCAAAAUGGUUCCUAAAGGUUCAAAAAGACUGGUUUUUGUGCUACCAAUUGUGGCCUUUUUUCUGUAUCUUCCUCUCUUUCUUUCUUCAGUUCACCUCUUAGGCAUCACUGCUUUUUUCAUUGCUUGGCUUGCAAAUUUCAAGCUACUGCUCUUUGCUUUCGGCUUUGGUCCCUUAUGUUCAGAUCCAUCCAUCUCUCUCCCUCUUUUCACGGCCGUCGGUUGCCUCCCCAUCAAGAUCCAACACAGCCCACCUCAAAAUGGCCAUAAAAAACAAACCCCAUCUCAGAAAAAUCCUGAAAAUGGUAAAAAACAAGGCCCUUUGAAUUAUGCAAUAAAGGCUCUACUUUUGGCUGGUUUUGUCAAGGCUUAUGAUUACAGCGACCUUAUGCACCCAAAAAUGGUCCUUCUUCUCUACGCUUUCCAUAUCUAUUUCAUGCUUGAACUCAUCCUCGCCCUGAGUGCAACCAUGGCCCGAACCGUCCUCGGACUCGAGCUCGAGCCGCAGUUCAAUGAGCCGUUUCUUUCCACUUCUCUGCAAGACUUUUGGGGGAAAAGAUGGAACCUUAUGGUCACCAGUAUCCUGCGCCCUACCGUAUACAAGCCCACCCUCGAUUUUUUCACACGUGUCGCCUGUCGGAAGUGGGCUCCACUCCCCGCGGUUUUCGCGACUUUUGUGGUGUCCGGGUUAAUGCACGAGCUUCAGUUUUUCUACUUGGGCCUCCGCCGGGUGAAGCCCAAUUGGGAGAUUACUUGGUUCUUUGUUCUUCAUGGGCUUUGUUUAAUGGCCGAGAUUGCCCUAAAGAAGGCCGUGACUGGUAAGUUCCGGUUGCCGAGUUUGAUAUCGAGGCCAUUGACGGUUGUGUUCAUGAUGUUCACCGGCUGCUGGCUGUUUUUGCCACAUUUUUCCCGGUAUGAAGUCGAUGUUAGGGCGUUUGAAGAGUAUGCAGCUUUGGGAGCAUACAUGAAGAAUGUGAGUCAAAGUAUAGUUAGUAUUUUAUAAGGCAAAAUAUGACAUUUUGAGUAAUUUUGUUUUUAGGCAUGGAAAUAGGAAGUGGGUAUUGUAUUUUUAUUUGAUAAAAUGAUGUAUUAUUACGUAAUUAAUUGAUUUUAAAGUAACAUAA